GGCUUGCAUGGUCAGCGACUACACGAACCGUUCUCCCCUAAACGCGAACAGGAUUUACGCGGAGUGUUUCAAGCAUGUCGGUUAAGUAAGUCUCCUUCCGCUGCUUAUAUACCGCCGGGCCGCUGCUGCAGGUGGCCUUGAAGGCACUCUCGAAGGUGUUGGUGUUGCUGCUGCGCUGCCCCUCGCCGUACCCCGCAAGCCGACGCUGAGCGCGAACCAUGGGGAGCAUGAAGAAGAGCAGGACUGACCGGAAGCGCAGCUGGGUUAUGAUCGCGGAGAACGGCGGAUACACACCACUGCCCGGCGAAACCACAUUAUACCAGUCUCCGCAGCGGACGACCUUGAGCCUGCAGACGGGCCACGCCCUGCCACCGAGCGCGGCGUACUCGCAGCAGUGCAAGUCCGGCGUUGUGUACCUCACCAAUCGACGGAUAAUAUACCUGCCCGUCACGCCCACACCGGCCUUCCAGUCCUUCGCCGUCCCCAUCCUCAACGUCGCCGACUCGCGCGUCACCGCUCCCUGGUUUGGCGCAAACAAAUGGGAGGCCGUCAUCCGCCCCGUCUCUGGUGGAGGAGUCCCCCCACAACACGGCGAGCUGGACUGCGUCAUGGAGUUCAAGGAGGGCGGCGCCUUCGACUUCCACAACACAUUUGAGCGCCUCAAGGAGCGCUUACGUCAGACCAUCGAUGUUGCGCGCGAGAGCGGUAUCGACGAGACGGUCGCAGCAGGGAAUGUAAACAUGGAGGAUCUGCCGGCGUACGAGGAUACGAGACAACACGCGAGGGUGCCGGAGCCGCCGCUCAGUCCGCCGGCCAGCGCAGGUCUGAGCGGUGCGGGCGCCGGUGGGCCUGCUGCUGCUGCGACGGCAUCGCAAGCAGAGAGCCCACAGAGAUCGAGCCCAUUACCAAGCCCUCGACCGUUCCAACCACCGUCAGAGCCGCCGCCCGGCUACGAGGAGGUUCAGAGGAGCAGCAUUGCGGACGAGCUGGAGAGGAGGUUAUCCGAUCCUCAUUGGGAUGACGAGCUUCGAAGAUGAGGCAACAGAUACUGCAUUUCGGUCAUUUAGUAAGCAAGGCGUUAUGGGAGGGUAUGUUAGGACGCCAGGAAUUCUCAAACCAUGCUAUGCCUCUGCGGGCUAUAGACCGCACCUCACCACUAAGCGCGUUUCCGCGAGUGCUCACAUGCAACUU